GCGAAACAGCGCGACAGUCAAAUUCAAACGGAACUCUGUUCCUAGUGUACCAUCUGGUCGGUUACUCUAGAUUGCCAACCUUACGUUCCCUCUUGGGUUAACUAAACGGUGAAGCUAACCAAUCUUUUACAACUACUCAGCCUAUCAUACUACAAACGACAUAAUGGCGGUAGACACAUCAAAUAAGUCUUUGACAUCAUUACUGGAGAAGAUGGUAGCAGCUGAUACUGAUUACCGAUUUAUGGCUAUGAAUGAUCUAAUCAAUGAGUUACAGGUGAACACUCUUCGAUUAGAUCUUCAAAGUGAAAAGAGAGUUGUUGGACUUAUUCUUCGUCUUCUGCGGGAUCCUAGUGGUGAAGUUCAAAGUCUUGCAGUAAAAUCAUUAGGUCCUUUAGCGACUAAAGUAAAAGAGCAACAGAUCAUUACUAUUGUUAAAGAUCUUGUUGGAACUAUGGAAAAAGGCGGUGAAGGGCAACUUCGUAGUAUUUGUAGUAUUGGUCUAAAGACCGUUGUCAAUGCUUUACCGAAUGCCACUGAUACUAUAGUAGUUCAAUCAGCUGUUCGUGAAGCUGUCUCUCCAUUAUUACACAUGGUUAUGUCACAUCAAGAUGAUAAUGUACGCGUGGAAGCUUGUGAAGUUUUAGCUGAAAUCAUUAAUCAUUUUGGAAAUCUUCUAACAAAUUAUCAUUUAGAUUUACUUGAUUGUAUGAUCACUUGCCUUGGUUGUCCACAAACUACUCUACGUAAACGUGCUAUUCAAGCAUUAGGUUAUUUAUCAUGGAUUAUACCACAAAAAUAUUUUAGUUCACUUGUUAGCUUCUUACUUUCACGUUUACAAUUAAGUUCAUUUCUAAUAUCAAAACCAAUUGAAAAGAAUUUUGAUGAUUAUUUAUCAAAAUUAAUUAAUGAAAAUCCAUUAUUUCAACGACCACAUUUAUUGGAACAAUUGAAACAACCACCUUCAGUUGAUAUUGUCAAAACGUUACUUCAAUGUUUCAAUGUUGUUUCUCGUCAACUUCAACGUGCACCACAAUGUAUUGCUCCGGUGCUUCGACUUCUCAUAUCGAUUGCAUGCAGUUCGAAUACAAAUAAUCCAGAACAGGAUGAUAUUGCUGAGUUAGUUAUUCAAGUGUUGGAAACAUUAAUUCGACGUUGUCCUAGAGCAAUUUCACCUGCUCUUCCUGAACUGAUCAAUUUAUUAUGUGAACGCCUUCAAUACGAUCCAAAUUAUGACUAUGGUCUUAUGGAAGAUGGAGAUGAUCAAAUGGGCGUCAAUAAUAAUAAUAAUAGUAGUAAUAAUAACAAUGACGAUGUUGACUUCGAAGAUGAUGAUAAUGCUGCUGACAAUGAUGAUGAUGAAGAUGGUGAAUAUUCCGAUGAUGAGGAUGUAUCAUGGAAAGUUAGACGUGCUGCAGCUCGUGCUUUAGAAGCAAUUAUUUUAGUUUUCACUGAAAUGACUGCUAAUUUCUAUGUAUCUAUUGCUCCUUUAUUAAUCAAACAAUUUAAUGAACGUGAAGAAUCUGUACGUUUAUCUAUAUUUUCAUGUCUUAGUGCAUUGUUACGUCAAACUCGAUUGACAUCAACAAUACAUUUGAAUAAUAAUAAUAAUAAUAGUGUUAUUACUAGUGGAUCUGUUAGUGUUAGCCAACCGAAUCAUAAUACUAAUCAUAAUAGUACUAAUAGUCCAAGAUCAUGUGAUAGUUCAUUAUUUGUAUCGGAAGCUACUUUGGAAGAAUUGAAAUCGCAGCUGCAAGAUCCUAAUAGUGCUCAAUCACGAUUAUUAUCACUGUUACCGACAUUGUAUCGUGGUAUUGAAAAACAAACAUUUCAGUCGACAAGUAAUAAAGUGAAAUCUCAGAAUGCUAAUCGAGUUAUCUCAGUUUAUCGACAUGCUGCAUUUAUGUUGAAUCGUGAUUUGGCCUUAGCUUUACCAGGUCAAUUAGGUGCUUAUUUAAAUAAUAUAUUAAUGAUGAUCAAAAUUUCAUCCGAUGAUCCGAAUACAAAUCACACCGCGAAAAUGGAAAUGAUCAAUGUUCUUCUUUUAUUGUUGAGUACACAUCCAGCGAGUUAUUUUGAAACAAAACUUGAUCUACUCGUUCAGUUAACAGUGCAAUCGAUCAAUAAUUCAUUUUACCGUGUUGCUUUAGAAGGUUUAGAUUUAUUACAACUUUUAUGUACACAUUUGAAAAGUUUAAACGAUGACAAAUAUGCCCAAGUUCUAUUUACUCCACUGUUCAAUCAAUUAAAAGCUACUGAUCGUGAUCUUGAAUUAAAGGAGAAAGCUAUUACAGUGACCGCUGUUUUUCUUUCACAAAUUGGUUAUAUGGUUCAAGCAAAUAUUGACGAUUGUUUAGAUUUGAUCUAUCGACGUUUAACCAACGAGUUAACUCGAUUGGCUGCAGUUCGUGCUAUACAAAUUAUCGCUUCAUCACCUUUGCAAUUGAAUCUGUCGAAAUUUCUAUCUAUGUCAUCGCAUGAAUUAGGUACAUUUUUGUCAAAAAAUGAUCGUACUUUACGUAUGACCACACUUCGUUGUUUAUAUACCAUUUUAUUAAAAUAUCCAAAUAGUCUUGAAGAGAAUUGUAUUAUGACUACAUUGAAUUUAAUGCCAAAAUUAUUAAUUACUGAGCAUGAUUUACAAACAACACAACUUGCUCUUCAUCUUGCCGCUUUAUUCUUAGAAUCAUCUAAUCCUUUAGCAAGUCAAGUUUUUCAAGUUAUCAUUCAAGAAUCAUUUCUUGAAUGCCUUAUCAAUUUAGCCCAUUCACCAUUACUACGUGGUCAAGCUUUAGAUGGAAUGCUUCGUUUAAUGCGUGCUUUUGGUCAUCUUAAGAGUACAGAUGAGGAGGGACGACAACAAUUGACGCUCUUCUUAUCGCGUUUGCUCAGUCCCAUUGAAAGUAACAAUAAUGGUAGUGGUACCUCCUCUUUAUUUGGUCAUACCUCUGCUGUGAAUGGUAGUAAUACUGCUGCUACAACUAAUCGAUCAUCUGGUAUACAUCGCGAUGCUUUGCCUAGUUUAGCUCAAUGUAUGGCUGCGCUUUUGGCUGAGCUUCCAAUGACUUCAUCUGAAUCAUCAGCGUCGUCAUCUCAAUUAGGCAAUAGUAGUAGUACACUAAGUAGUGUCAACAAAGUGGUUGAUCAAUUAUUGAUAUCUGUCAAGAAUCCUUCUACGUCACCAACACAAUUAUAUUUGAAUUUGCUUAUUUUGGGUGAAUUAGGACGUAAAGUUGAUUUAAGUUCACGUACUGACCUACGUGAUCUAUUAAUCAAUUGCUUAUCAUCUAUUACAACAAUCAACAAUUCAACUUCUUAUCAUCAUCAUCAUCAUCAUCAACCGCAUCAACAGCAACAACAACAACAACAACAACAGCGUUAUUAUGAUCAACAAACUCUGUCCUCCCAAUUAUCAACUCAUGGAUUUAUGAUGAGUGAAGAAGUGAAACCAGCGGCAGCAUUAAGUUUAGGACGAUUAGUUGUUGGUCAACCGGAAAUUCUCUUGCCACCAUUAAUUGAAUGUAUUUCACAAGCUGUAGUUAAACAACAAGUACAAUUGACAAAUACUACUGAUGAUAGUAAUAGUAGUAAUAGUAGUGGUAGUGGCCCCAGUGGUGGUGGUGGUGGUGGCGUUAGUAAAAAUAAUACAAGUCAACAUCAAUUGUAUUAUUUAAUUCAAGCUCUUAGAGAAGUUCUUGUCAAUCUUGCUGGUUUGGAUCCUAAUCAAUCGUUAAAACAUCAUCUAGAUUCAAUGUGGUCACUUUUACUAGCAUGUGCUGGUUUAUCUGAAGAAGGUACACGGAAUCUAGUUUCAGAAUGUCUUGGCCGUCUAACUCUGGUCGAUCCUCCACAACUGGUUAAUCGUUUGCGUCAACAAUUGAAUUCAUCUGAAGCUUCAUCGUCAGUUUUAAUGCGUGCCACAUUAGUGACUGCAGUGAAAUUCCUUCUAAUUGUUACUGAUUUCGAUACAGGCACAAUGACUAAAUAUUCGACUACUGGUCGUAAUCGUUAUGAUCAUCUACCAGAUGUAACGUAUUUUCUGGUUCCAUCUCAGGAAACCAGUACUACUACUGUACCACCAUCGUCAACAUCAUCAUCUCGUAUGACAAACGAUAUUGAAUCAGCACUACGGGCUGGUAAUCCUCCUGCAUUGAUUGAUUUUCUCGGUCGUCUUGCUGAUCCUGAGUUAUCAGUUCGACGUGCAGCUCUUGUUGCAUUGAAUACAGUUGCACAUCAUAGACCUAGUCUUGUACGUCCAUUACUGAAUAUACCUAUACAAUUGCCUGCUGCUAGUGGUUCAUCACAAACAUCAACUCUAUUAAAUUUGCUAUGCGCUGAAACAGUGAUACGCAAAGAAUUAAUUCGUGAAGUAGAAAUGGGCCCAUUCAAACAUCAUGAAGAUGAUGGUUUAGAUUUGAGAAAGUGUGCAUUUGAAUGUAUGUCAACAUUGUUGGAGACAUGUCUAGAUAAACUUGUCAUACCGAAUUUAUUAGAAUCAUUAAUUGAUGGUCUACGUGAUCAUACGGAUAUUAAAUUAUUAUCUUAUCAAAUACUUCAACGUAUUUCAGUGAUAAGACCAAUGGAAAUCUCUGCAAAAAUGGAAAUUUUAGCUGUUCCAUUAAAAGCGGUUCUAUUGUCCAAACCUAAAGAUGAUUGGGUUAAACAAGAAAUGGAGAAAAUGCAAGAAUUAAAUCGAAGCGCUAUUGGAUUAAUAGUCAGUUUAAGAAAUAUUGAUGAUAUUGAUAAAAAUCGUCAUUAUGUGGAAUUAUUACGUAUUAUCAAUUCAGAUUGUAAUUUGAAAAAUGUGUAUAUGCAAAUUUUAUCGACGGAAAAUUUCUCACCUAAUAAUAUUAACAGUAAUAAUACGAAUAAUUGUCUUUUCACAAUGUCCGCCACUUCAACUCCGGCGACGACAACAACGCCAACAAGUGGAUUUACAAUGAGUCAUAAUAAUAAUAAUAAUAACAAUACUGUGUCUUCACGUUCUGGUGUCGGCGGCGGUGGAUAUAUUGGAUGAGUAGCACACAUGGACGACACAUGGACACAUGUUUUCACAUGCAAUUCAUGAUGUAUUUUAUUAUCGGCCUAUUUUGUGUGUUGUUCUAUUUGAAAUUAGUCAAAUUUUCUUCUCAUUUACACUGUUUGUGUGUGUGCGUGAAUGAGUAAGUGAGUGAGUGUGUAUACACUCAUUCAUCCAUCCCGUUCAUUUGUCCUUGUUUGACCUUUCUUUCUUACUUGUCUAAAAUGAAAUGUCAUGACUAUUCAUUGUGACCCACUAACAACCAAUAGUCGAUAGUCGGAGCCUCUUCUGUCUUUUGUGUUGUAUUGUAUUGUGUACAAGUUAACUCAAUUUGAUUAUGUUGAUUGGAGGAUAGAGUUUGAUGCUCUCUCUCUCUCUCUUUGACUUCUAUGUGGUAUCCAUCUCCCUCUCUCUGCCACUCUAAUUACAUGUCUUAUUUAAGGGAAUUAAUCCCUCCGGCUAACAAUUUACAUUUUCCGCCUACUCUAGUUGGUCUGCCUUUUUUUCUUCUCUUCAUGAAUGCAACCGAAAACAAAAAGCAAUUUUCGUUUACUCUCCCUAUAAAAAAAAACGCACUUCAUUUGCGCAAUUCCCCCCCCCUAAUGCUUAUUUAUUUCUUUCUUUUAUUAAUUACUACUACACUUAACUAAUUUAGGAUAAAAAUGGAAUUUCGGCCUUAUUUCAUUGUUUCAUUUUUUUUACACCCACACACACACACACACAAUCAAUAAACAACAAACCACAAUCAGUACAAAUAUAAUGAUUGUAAACAAUCUAAGCAGCAACAACAUCACCAAUAAUAACAAAGUACUGCAAUGCUCACUAUUCACCCCGAUGUAUUCACAGUGAUGAAUAUUAUGUGUGUGUUGUCGUUGUUUCUUUUCUGAAAAGGAAAAAAAAUAAUCAUUUUUCAAUUG